CUUUUUUGAAUUGUGACAGAGAUAAAAUAAAUUAUCUAUAUUCUAUUUUACUUUGUUAUCCUAAAAUAUUAUUUCCAAAUGUUGAAGCUUUUUGUCUCAAUAUAACAUUAUAAAUGACUACUCCUGUUGCCGUGGAUACCACUGUUGCUUCAAAAGUUCCUUUCGGGCAACUUUGCCAAUUAUUCGAACGAAUAAGUCGUGGAAAAUCUAAUCCAGUGAGGCGUGAAGAAUUCCGUAACUUUGUCAAAAAAUGGAGAGAACAUCAUGAAAAAUUGCACAGCAAAAUUAUCACAAAUGGAUCAAUACCAGAUGAUUCUUUUUACCCAGCUUUUAGACUCAUUGCACCACAAUUAGAUCGGGAGAGGCCUUCCUAUGGAGUCAAAGAAACCCUACUGGCGAAAUUGUAUAUUGACGUUCUUGGAUUAUCAAGAACCAACCCAGAUGCAAAAAAAUUAUUGGAAUAUAAAAACCCAAAAACGAAUACAUUAGCUACAGGAGAUUUCGCUGAAAUCGCUUACAUCCAUAUCUUAUCAAAAAGGUGCACAACGCAAGGAUCUCUCUCAAUACAACAAGUCAAUGAUAAUUUAGAUAAACUGGCAAUGUAUAAUGGCGAACGUAAAAAAGAACAAGUACAAAAAACUCUGAUGACCCUGAUACAAAAAACAUCGGCUUCAGAGCAAAAAUGGUUGAUUAGGAUUCUUUUAAAAGACACGAGACUGAAAAUUGGGCAGUCAGUACUGAUGGCUGAAUUUCACCCUGAUGCAGAAGAAGUGUUCAACGUCACUACAAAUUUACGACAAGUUUGUAUGAAACUGAUAGAUCCAUCAAUUCGUUUAUCAGACACGGAAAUUGAAUUGUUUCAACCGUUUCGUCCUAUGCUUGCUCUCAAUGCAAAGUUGACGGAAGUAGAAAACCUGAUGGAUCAUAAACCGUUUUAUUUAGAGAUAAAAUACGACGGCGAAAGAAGUCAAAUUCAUAAAGAAGGUUUGAAGUAUAAAUAUUUUUCUAGGAGUGGCCGAGAGUAUUCAACUGUGUUUGGAGAGGACCCAUAUUCGGGGUCUUUAACCCCAUUUAUUCAUGAUCUGUUUACCCCCAAUGUUCGUUCUUGUAUAUUAGAUGGGGAAAUGAUGGGGUAUGACCCAGGUUUGAAUCUUUUUAUGCAAAAAGGAGGUCAGUUUGAUAUCAAACAUGUUACUGAAGAUCACGACCUGCAGCCAUGUUUUGUCGCCUAUGAUUUGCUUUCUUUAAAUGGAGAAAAUUUGACUUCGAAACCUGUCGCUGAGCGAAUGAAAAAAUUAGAGUCAAUUUUUAAACCUCUUGAAGGUCGAAUGCAAUUGGCUGAAAGGAAACAGGUAUCAACCAAUCAGGAAACGCUUGCUUAUUUGAAUGAAGCAAUUGAUAGACGUGAGGAGGGGAUUAUUGUUAAACACCCCCAAGCUCCGUACACUCCCAACAAACGUAAAGGUAGUGGAUGGUUUAAAAUUAAACCUGAGUACGUUAGUGGAGUGGUAGAUGACCUUGAUCUUGUUAUUGUCGGAGGAAAGUUCGGGGAUGGCCGACACGGUAAAUUGAUCAGCAAAUUUAUGUUGGCCGUAAGGGAUGAUAAAAGCCCGAAUUUAAUUUACAAAUCCUUGUGUAUGGUCGGAUCUGGGUAUACUGAUAAAGAAUUAUCAGAGAUAACUGAGAAAUUGAAACCGCAUUUGCGAGUUUUUGAAAAGAGAAAACCUCCUCCAUGGCUUAUUGUGACAAAAGAAAAGCCAGAAGUGGUUGUUCACCCCGAUAAUUCUGUUGUGGUACAAGUACGAGCAACUGAAAUUACUGAGUCCACAGCAUACGCUGCCGGUUGUACAUUGAGAUUUCCGAGAAUAGUUGGAACACGAGAUGACAAAAAUGCGGCAGAUGCUAUGGACGUCACGCAACUUACGGAAUUAAGAAAUAUGGCGCAAGGGAAAUUGGCAGCACGUCACGCUACACUGACCAAAGAACCCAGUGUCAAAAAACGGAAAAUUCGUGUUGAACCAUCGGCUGUUGUUUCUGCAAGGUUUCAAGCUACUAAUGUAAUGGAUGUUGAACAGACUUCCAACUCUUUUGAAGAUUUUGAAUUUUGUGUGAUGUCUGGCGUAGCGAAUAACAAUAAGUCGUCUUUAGAAAAGAAGAUUGCGUCACAUGGUGGCAGUAUUGUUCAAAAUCCGAGCUCAGAAACGUAUUGUGUAAUUGCUCGCGAUGAAAAAAAUGUUCGUGUACGCAAUAUUAUAAGAAGUGGGAAACACGAUGUUGUUAAAGUUUCAUGGUUGUUACUUUGCUUGGAGAAAGGAGAGAUUGUUCCAUUUAUGCCAGAAGAUAUGCUUUUCACAUCUGAAAAGACUAAAUUAAAGUUCGCAGAUAAGUUUGACAAAUAUGGCGAUGAAUACACUGAAGAUAUAGAUGUUGAAAAAUUGAAACAACUUUUUUCAAAAGUUGAAAAUACAGAGGGGUAUUCAUCUCACUUUCCCCCACCAGAUGCGGAUGAUCGUUUAACCGUUAUGCAAUGCUGUGCAAAUGACGUGUCGUCUCGUUAUCAUUCGUACGGAUUUCAUGAUCUAAAGACUUCAAUUUUUCAGGGUUUUCAUUUUUAUAUAAAUGAUUGCCUCGUCGUUAAUGAUCUUACUACGCAAUUAAAAACAUCAAAAUGGAAGGAGGCGAGAUCAGUUUCACGAUUUUUUAGUGCAAUUUUGGACGACACAAUAUCAGAGAAGACUACUCAUGUGAUUAGUGAUGAAUUAUCUGAAACUAUAGGAAAUAUUGAUGAGAUUAAAAACAUCAGACGAUCUUCAAAAACGAAAUUUCAUUUAGUUUCAAUUGACUGGUUGUUUCAAUGUGUCAAGAAUGGGAAAGUAGAAUCAGAAAGGCCGUAUGAAAUUUAAAUACUGUAAUUCAGUCUAUG